ACUGUACCUUCAUUUCCUGUCUCAUGGCCAAACAAGAAGUGAGAGGAGAUCCCUACAAAUUAAGGUAAUUUCUUGGGGGCCCCCAUGUCACCAGAACUAGUAUCCCCAUAUAACGAUUUCCCCUCUAUUACUUUUCUGGGAACAACCCAAAAUUUGGGAUUUUCUUUUUCUUUCACUGGGGCAGGGGGACUGACAAACUCAUGGGGCCCCCGGGCAAUAGGGGAUCACGGGGCCCCUGUGUCCCUGCCCAAACUCAAAAAGCCUAUGAAAAAGGUACCAGGGGCACCUCAUGGGGCCCCCUACUGACCCCGGGCCCUCGGGCAGAGCCCGAGUUUCCAAAUGGUCAGUCCGCCCCUGGACUGGGGGGUAUGUGUACAGUGUGUAAUGCAAGUGGGUUCAGAUUUUACUUAACCACAGCCUUUUAAGCCAUGCACAGCAGUGAACACAACUCAAGCACAUCCACUAUUCUCUGCAUUUUUUCUCUACA